GAGGCGCCGGGCAGCGGGGCGGAAGUGCUGUCGAGCCACCGGAAGUGCGCUGGCGGAUCGGGUGAAGCCGAGCGGCGGGUUGAUGGAAGAGAGAAUGUCUGGUGAAAGUGUGGUGUCCCCAGUGCCGGCGGCCUCCACCCGGACCACCUCCUUCAAAGGGGCGAGCCCGAGCUCCAAGUACGUCAAGCUGAACGUGGGAGGAGCACUCUACUACACCACCAUGCAGACGCUGACCAAGCAGGACACCAUGCUGAAGGCCAUGUUCAGCGGCAGGAUGGAGGUGCUGACGGAUAGCGAAGGCUGGAUUCUGAUUGACCGUUGCGGCAAGCAUUUUGGCGCCGUUCUGAAUUACCUACGCGAUGGCGCGGUGCCUCUCCCGGAGACGAAUCGCGAGAUCGAGGAGCUGUUGGCUGAGGCGAAAUACUACCUGGUGCAGGGACUGGUGGAGGAGUGCCAAUCUGCCCUGCAGCAGAAAGAAACAUAUGAGCCCUUCUGCAAAGUUCCUGUCAUCACAUCAAACAAGGAGGAGCAACGGUUGAUAGCAACGUCUAAUAAGCCUUCAGUCAAGCUGUUGUACAACAGAAGCAACAACAAAUAUUCUUACACCAGCAACUCUGACGAUAACAUGCUGAAGAACAUCGAGCUGUUCGACAAGUUGUCUCUGCGCUUCAACGGCAGAGUGCUUUUCAUCAAGGACGUCCUGGGCGAUGAGAUCUGCUGCUGGUCCUUCUAUGGGCAGGGCCGAAAGAUCGCUGAAGUCUGCUGCACUUCCAUCGUAUACGCCACGGAGAAGAAACAGACCAAGGUGGAGUUCCCUGAGGCCCGGAUCUACGAGGAGACUCUGAAUAUCCUGCUGUACGAGACGCAGGACGGCCGCGGGCCGGAUAACGCCCUGUUGGAGGCGACCGGGGGGGCGGCCGGCCGCUCGCACCACCUGGAGGACGAGGAGGACCGGGAGCGGAUCGAGAGGGUCCGCAGGAUUCACAUCAAGCGCCCAGACGACCGCUCGCACCUCCACCAGUGAGACGGCGAAUAGACCAGCGAGCAGCAGCCGCAGCAGCCCGGUCCUAACCCUUCCCCCCCUCCCCCUCCCCCCCCCCACCCUCCAUCUUCCUCUGGAAGAAAGAGAGGGUGGGGGGAGAACUGAAAACAUUCUUGCCUAACUGAGAUCUUGCAACGUUUGACAGUGCAAAAUGGGCUCAAGCCAUUCCGUACAAACCGGCCCGACUGCAGCCUUACGCAGCAGGUGAAGUAUGGAGAAUUGCAGAGAAGCUGCUGCUAAAACUCUAGCUUAGGAUGCUGGCCGACGCAGCUGAAUUCUAGCCUUAACUGGUCCCCGAGGAGCGAGGUACUGUUUUUUUGCUUUGAACGUUGCGCAGAAUGUUACUCGAGAGAAAUGUACCUGCGCCUUUGACGCUGCGCUCUCUCCCCCCCCCCCCCCCCCCCCCCCUCUCUCCCCCCCCCCCCCCCCCCCCCCCCCCCCCCCCCCCCC